GCCUUACUGCAGUUGUAGCGGCGUUGUUGGACAUGAUGACUGCUACUGCUGCUGCUUGUGGCGGAGUCAGUGGUGCUACUCGUUGCUGCUGUGUUGUUAGUAGAUUUGGUGUUAUUAUUGUGUUGUGCGUGCUUCUGGUUUUGUGAGGGCGGCAGCAUUGCCUUUUGUUUUGUGAGACUUUGUGGGGGCAUCUUUGUGGUCUUUAUCAGUGGUUGGAUAGCAGAUCGCUGGGCUCCGCGCCCUCCACUGUCAAGAUGGCCAACAAAAGAAAGAAGUAUAAUGCCCGUUUUGCGCCGGCACGAAUUAAGAAGAUAAUGCAGAAGGAUGAGGAUAUCGGAAAAGUUGCCGCCGCUGUCCCAGUGAUCAUCUCGCGGGCGCUCGAGUUAUUUGUGGAGUCGCUUGUGAAAAAGGCGGAAGCUGUGACUCGAUCCAGAAACGCAAGAACUCUCACAACGGCACAUAUCAAAGCCAGCAUACUGACGGAUUCUAGACUCGAUUUUCUUCGAGACACAGUGGCUAACAUACCGGACGUUCAGUAUGAAGAAGAAGGCGAGUCAAGUGGCUCAGUGUCCACUACGUUAGGCCAACCAAUGCCAGGCCCUGCUGGAUCUCCGAUGGGGAACUCAAUGAGCACCGGCAGUCCUCUGCCUCAGCAGAGACCAAGUCUUCCAAUGAGCCCUCUGGGAUCAAUGGGAUCAGCGCCAGUGCCUUCUGGUAGAGGCCGUGGACGUGGGAGAGGCCGUGGUCGUGGUGGACAGUCAGCUGCUAAUGGGCGUGGGGAAGAUCUCAGAGAAAAGAGAAGGACGCCAUUAACACCAAGCGACGAACCACAGCAAGCGCAGCAGCAAAUGCAACAGCAACAUCACCAACAGCCGCAGCAGCAACAACAAUCAGCAAAUUCGUUUCAACAACAAUCUCUUCACAGUGUUCUUGGGGCUAUGGGAAGUAAUGGAGGUCACACGCACCCAUACUCACAUCAACAGCAAAUGGGUUCAGGACUUGGAACACAGGGUCAGCAGCAGCAACAGCAGCAACAACAACAGCUCCACUCGGUGGUCGGUGGCAGUGCUCAUAUGAAUCAUCCGUACUCGAUGCAUUCGAAUGCAAACAUGACAGGAAACCACAGUAAUAAUCUUUGGCAACAGCAACAACAUUAUCCGCCUGCAGCUCAUCAAAACAGCAGUCACAGCGCUCACUCACUUCUGUCGAGCACUCAUCAUCAGAAUUCACAUCCCGCUCAUCAUGGCGGUCACAAUACACCUCAUCAGUACGGACAUCAACUCGGACAAUCCCAUCCAACAGCGUCGUACAAUUCUCAACAUCCGCAUCAACAUCACCACCACCAACAGCAGCAACUACAUCAACAGCAGCAGCACCACCAUCCGACGCCAACUCAUGGCGCCGCACCAAAUAAUAGUGGAGGUCAUUCAAGUUACGCACCUCAUUCAGGCAGCCCAUUCAGUUCGUUCGGGUUCGGAGCUGGUGGGUACUCGAUGAUGCCAGCAGUUCCCUGCUCAGGUGGUGAUGAUGAUGAUUAUGACACCUGAACAAGAAUGACAGGGCCCAUUUGAUUGUUGGAUUGUUUUAGUGGGCUGAAAUGGGGAGCACCUUAAGAUUUAUCCGUUAUCAAGGUAAAUACUGCGUGUAGAAAGGAACAAUACAAGUGACUUCUGGGCUUCCAAUAUCCAAAAAUGGGAUACAAGUCCGAGGCUUCCACCUCAAAAAAUUUCCAUCAUGUAGUAGUCGUCGUUAACCAACCCAAUGAUAAGAAGGGUCAAGCACAAAAUAAAGUACUGAGGUGUACAUGCCAGAGUUCAUAGGAGUAUGUAUAUCGCUCACUGGAAAGUAGCUAGGCUUAACAAAUAAUACAUUAGGCAAAGUUGAAUGAAAUCAUCGUAUGCCUAUACUGGUUUGAUAAUAACAGACCAGUCUCUUCCCUCGUACACUAUCAAGCCUUUGGGUUGUACCACCGUAAACCAGUAAAAAAAGAAAAACAAUACGCAAUGGCAGAUCGAAUUCCAUCUGAAGAUUAGGGUAGCGGAAAAUUAGAGGUAACACAUUUUGCUGAUGCGUAAUUAUCUAGCAGAAAAUUGUGGAAAAAAGUGGCUAUACGUUGAAGGGGCCGCUUCGCCGCAUUGAUUGUAUUGUAUAGUUGAAUGUAGUUGCAUCUUCGUGUAAGCAAACAAUACACAUCUGAUAAUCAACGCACUUAUAUAGUAAUACUAAUUAUAGUAAUGCAUGGGACGACACCAUCGUGAAGAACUAUAUAUGCAUAUAUCAAUCUAGUUGUUGGUUCAAUAAUCGUUGCACUUUAAGCCAAGACUAAGCCGAGGCAAUAAUGACAAUUGAAUAAUUGAUAUAUCGAGUUGCAUGCAAAACAACUCGAACAAUUACUGAAGAAUGAAGAAACAGUAGUCUGACGUUAUAUUACACAGAAAAGGAGGGAACCUAAGUGGACGGCUAAGGUGAUGAUGAAGACAACAUGAACGAUCUCUUGUAGAAACCGUUCGAAUAUCUUCCUCAAUCUAAAUUUCAGUCUCCAACCCAAAUUAAAAGUGAUGUUGAUUGACCUGAUAUUGAUGUUAAAAAAGUUUCAUCUCGUUCUCAGUCGAGUAAUCCAGGGUACGCAGACUCCAGACAAAAGGUAAAUAAUUCAUUUAUUAAUAAUGGCGACAACGCUAGUGAAGGAUAAUAAUACCAUUAUUACUAUCGUUGUAUAAUAUUAUUAACAAGUUGUCUCAUGAAUGCUCUUUGAUUCAUAGUGGUCACUAGGUCGUCUCUAGAAAAUGUGACUAUGACAUCGACAAGAAAGAGGGAGGUCAAAAUAAAGAGACUAAAGGAAAAUACGAAGAGGCAAAGACAGAUAAUUCAAUGUUCUAAGGGGUCUGAAUUACGGUGGCAUCGUAUGCUUGCGGUAAAUCUGGUGAAAAUGAUGAUGUCGAUGAUGAUGAUAAUAAGGAUAAAGAUGUAUCAUAAUAUGAUGUACAUAGGGCGAGACAUUGUGGGACUAGGGUUGAAUCGCGUAUGUGGAUUAAUGCAGAACUCUCCUAGAUACUGACAAUACAUGAAAAUAUCCAAAAAUAGACAAAAGGAUACAAAUAAAUUUGUAGACUGGAAUAAAGCCAGCCCAAAAUAAUUUAGGGGGUACGAUGUAUUGAGGACCAACAAUUAUAGAAAGAUGGAUGAGGAUUGAAAAAAUAGUGGUGACCAGAUGUUAAGUAGAUCGCCACAUCCACAGCUACUAAAAGACUGUGUGCUUAUGUAAAUUAAACGAUCUCGCCCCUCUUCAUUUUAUGACAACUGAUACGAUAACGACGAUAACAUUACUGUUAAUGACGAUGGAAUGUCCUUCAAACGUCGCCUUUAGGACGAAUCCCGACAGAAGGUGCUAGAACUCUGUACAUGUAACCAAUACCAACAAAAUAAAAAUUGAUAAUUGGAAGGGGUACACUAAUCACCUAGUGUAGAAAACGGGGGCGUGGGUGUCGAUGAAACAAAUAAACAUGAAUAAAAAAUAAAAAGAUUUCAGCGGAAAUUCGUAGCGGUUCAGGUUGAGCACAGGGGACUUUCAAACUGAAUUACGCCGAGAUCCGUUUUAA